UUUAACAUUGCUAUGGAAUAAAUAAAUCCAUUCUCUAAUAGUUAAAUUUUAGACAUUUUCUAUCCAAGCAUACAAUUACUACUUAAAUAUGUGAGAAAGGAAUAUUGGUGUAAAUUCGAAAUCGAUUAAUUCAAAUUGGUUACCUUUUCCACUCCUUUUUAAAAUCUUGAAAUUAGGAACUUGUAAUCUCAACCCUCUUAUUGAUACUACGAGUUUGUUUACUGUUUCUCUCUUAAUUUCACUACUGAUGUUUGUCGACUAGUUUGUAAGAUAAAUUAACCUUUUUUUAUUAUUAUAUGAAACAUCAACUAUUAUUAAUAUCUAUUGUUUCCACUUUUAGAUGAUUCAGAUGGACAGUUAUGUUUACCUCAAGUUGGAACUAUUUUGACAUUUGCAUGUCCAAGACAUUUAGCAAUUCGUGCAGUUCAUACAAUUCAUAAAAUAUCUUUAAAUUGGUUAACUGUCAAUAAUGUUUCAUCUAAUGAUAUACCUAAAAAUAGUUCACGAAUUAAAUCAAAUCAAUCCAAUGUUGUGUGGGAAACCAAAUAUCAUCCAUUAGUUUUAUCUUUAUUAGCUUAUUGGCAGUCAAAUCUAUUCGUUCGAAGACAAUCUAACCUAACCUUAAUCACCUUGACUAAAGAUGCAAUUGGACAUCAAGGAUUAUUAAAUGAUUGUACUACAAAUAUGUUUGAAACGAAUCAAUCAAUUUCAUCAAAUAUAUCUGGUAGAAUAAAUAUUCCCACCGGAAGUAAAUCAACUAUUCCAGUUGGAACAGACAAUUUACCUUGUGAUCCUGCUUCAUUAAUCUCUUCAGGUACAUCAGAUCAUGCUCAUUGGGAUGAACCAAGACUUUUAUUGGAUUGUUUAUUAGACUGUUUCAAAUCUCAUCCAGAUGAUUUUGAUCUACUGUUUGUUAUUACAAUCGGUGUAACACGUCUACGGUAUGUGGCAGAUCUUUAUCCACUACGUUGUUUAUUAGUUAAGUUGAUUUCUGAAUCUGAUCUUACAUGGCAUCGUCAAUUAUUCCUUCAUUUUAUCACCACUGUGAAAAACCGUUUGAACUUUUUGAAUAGAAGUAAUUCGCCUGAAUUCAGUCCGAUUGCUUUUGGAAUGUAUAAUCCAAUUUCAACAGAAGAUAUGUACAAAUUAUUAGCUCAUCUUAUUCUGCCAUGCCUAUCAAAUGCUUUGGAACGUGGAGAAAAUGAAAUAUUUUUUGGUGGACCUCCGAAACCUUUUGAAAUGAAUAACUAUGAUUUAGUACACUUGUUCACCUCAGUUUUACUUGAAGAUCCAGCUGUUCAAACAUGUACUGAACUUCGUGUUAUGUAUUACCAAAUGGCUAGUUUAUUUGUUUAUCAUACACCGAAUUAUGUUCACAUGGGAAGUGCUUGUGACCAAAGUUAUCGCCUUCGUAAAUUCACUGAGUUUGCCCGUCCUUGUUUAACAAGUAGUUUAACUGCUGUGGAUCUUCAAGAAAAAUAUACUGGUCUUCAAUUAUUAUCCCAUUUAAUUGCAAAAUUCAAUGUGUUACGUACAGCUACUGUACAAGUGUUUCAAUGUUUAGCAAAAGGCGCACAUACAGAAACAAAGAAAAUUGUUAAUCCUGCAUUGGAUAUUCUAAUUCCAGCCUGGAUACAGGGACCUGAAGACCAGAAAGCACUUGCGUUGGCAACAAAAAAAAUUAUGCUAGAAGAUCAUGGUAUUCAAUCGUGUGUUCAUAUUCUAGGAAUAAUUGUUCGACAUUCAGAUUUGUAUUAUCCAAUACGUCAUCAAAUAUUACCUCAUAUUAUACUCAUUAUAUCUCGACUUUCUGUUCAACAGUUACCCCUUGAACAACGUCGAUUAGCUUUAGAUAUGAUCUAUACUACAGCUCAAUGGGAUGUUCGGUGUCGCCGUGAAAUAACUGAGAAUUAUUCAAAGGAGAUAACUGAUGAUUUAAAUCCAGGAGAUAAUAAUAAUUCAUCAUUAACAGAGAAUUUGAAUAUCCAAACUUCAGCUAAAACUGAACCAACCAACUCUCCUAUUGAUAAGCCCCAGCGUGAUCAACUUGUAAAUCUUUUAAUUCGCUUCGCCUGUCAAGCUAUUGACGCUAGUCAAAGUGGAAGUUUGUCUGAACAGUCUGUAUCCCGAACGCUAGCUCAACUAGAAUUCGCUCUUCGCUCUGAUGUAUGGGGUGGUGAAACCUGUGAACUUAGACUUGCAUUUAUUGACCGUUAUUUCUCUCCGGACGAUUCAUCGUCUUCACACUCGAUGUCGAGUACACCAUCUGGAGGAGUUCCAGCUAAUAGUCUCAAUACACACGGAAUACACAUGAGUGGGACAUCAAACACUACACCGACGUCUACUCCCUCUGGACCCCACGCAAAUGCAUCAUCUACUAGUGCUCUUGGUGCAACACAAGCCACCAGUUUAUUAAUGACUUUGGAGGUUCUUCGUGUCUUGUUCUCAACUUUGGAAAGCCCAACUUUAUUAAUCAAUGUGAAACAUUUCAGUGUUGGAUUAUGUAAUGUAUUAACACGACAAUUGACUAAUGUUCGUUUAAUUCGUUCUUGUGCUGGUCUUAUACGUGCUAUGCUUGAACGUUAUCCAGCUGAAGCAUCACAUCGUCAGAAAGUUACUGCUUAUCCUGAAUUAUAUGAUAUUUAUUCAACAGUUUUAAAAGCAAUACAAGAUUCAUUCACAAUGUUUAGUGAAAAUGUUUCUAAAGCAACUUUAUUAACACGAUUACAGUCGGCAUUUCUUCUGUUCACAUCAACACAAGUUCAGUCUAAUCCACAUGCAUUUGUUGAUCGAUGUAUUGUACAACUAGUUAAACUUGUUAAUCGUCUUAUACAAGAUUUAGUUACACCGAAUUGUAAUUCUAAUGCUCAAGAAUCUGGUACAUCAGCACAGCUUACUGACUUACUAAUUAUGGGUCUUGAAAUGAUCAAGUCACGGUUGAAUGUUGUUAGUCAUGAAAUGCGUAAAACUAUCUUUGGUCCAGAUUUAUGUUUAAUUAUGGAUAGAGCGCGCGAUCCUCGUUUAUUCUGUGCUGUUUUACAAGUUUUACGUGAUUGGAUAAAUGUACCGAAAUCAGAAGAACAUUUCGCUCCAACAGCUCGUGAAAAAGUCAACUUUUUCUAUAGACUUUGGCAAGCUUAUCCACGUUGGAUUGACAAUUCACCUGAUGUUGCCAGAGAAAUUCUUGAAUGCGUGUACGAU